AUGAAAAUCUUGAUGGUUUUACUGACAGUUGUUUCCUUAAGUAAGAAGAAAAACAAAACUCUACAGCACCUACAUAGAUCAUCUUCUGCCAUGAAGUUGUUUAAAUUACAGACUUUAAAAUCCUUGUGGACUCUGCUGAAGCCUCCUAAUAGGACUUUCCACGGACCCCCCAGGCUGCUUGUCUCAGAUGUAUAUUCACAGUACGAGUCCGUCAGGCGGGGUGAACAGGAAAUACCAAAAUACUUUAACUUUGCAAGUGAUGUACUGGACAAGUGGUCUGAGAUUGAAAAGGCUGGAAGGAGACCACCAAACCCUGCCUUUUGGUGGGUAAAUGGAAAAGGAGAAGAAGUGAAGUGGAGCUUUGAAGAGCUGGGCUUCCUGUCUCGGAAAGCGGCCAAUGUGCUGACUAAAGUAUGUGAACUGCAGAAGGGGGACAGAAUUGUUGUGGUCCUGCCACGAGUCCCAGAAUGGUGGCUGGUGAAUGUGGCUUGCAUGCGAGCAGGAAUUGUCUUAAUUCCAGGAAUAUCCCAGUUAUCAGCCAAAGACUUACUGUAUCGACUGCAGGCGUCCAAGGCCAAAUGCAUUGUUACUGAUGACACAUUGGCUCCUGCUGUGGACUCAGUGGCAUCUGAAUGUCAGUUCCUGAAAACAAAGCUUAUCGUGUCCAAAGGCAGUAGGGAGGGAUGGCUGAACUUCACUGACCUGUACAAGAACCAAUCUGCUGACCAUUCCUGUGUGAAAACAAGCCUUCAGGAUUCAGUGAUUAUCUUCUUCACCAGUGGAACCACAGGUUCUCCAAAGAUGACUGAGCACUCUCAGGGUAGUCUUGGUUUCAGACCCCUUUUAAGUGAAAGAUACUGGUUGGAUUUGACUCCCUCAGACAUAGUAUGGAACACAUCAGACACAGGAUGGGUAGUAGCUUCACUGGGAAGUGUUUUUGAUCCCUGGACUUUUGGAGCAUGCAUCUUUAUACAUAAUCUACCACAGACUGAAGCAUCAACCAUCCUAAAUACUCUCUGCAGAUUCCCUAUCGAUGUGCUGAUCUGUGCUCCCACGCUGUUCCGCAUGCUGGUGCAAAAUGAUCUCUCCAACUACAAGUUCAUGAAGCUGAAGCACUGCCUGAGUGGAGGGGAGCCACUCAACCCAGAAGUCAUGGCACAGUGGAAAAGCCAGACUGGGCUGGACAUCCAUGAAGUAUAUGGGCAGACUGAAACGGGAGUAAUCUGCUGUGUUUUUAAAGGAAUGAAGAUUAAACCUGGAUCAAUGGGGAAGGCUGCUCCCCUUUUUGAUGUUCAGAUUGUAGACAAAAAAGGUAAUAUCCUGCCUCCAGGACAACAGGGGGAAAUUGCUGUCAGAAGCAAACCUAUAAGACCACUUGGUUUAUUCUCUAAAUAUGUAGAUAACCCUAAGAAAACUGCGGAAAGUGAGCGUGGGGAUUUUUAUGUCACUGGAGACAGAGGAACUAUGGAUGAAGAUGGUUAUUUUCAGUUUAUUGGAAGAGAUGAUGACAUCAUCAUUUCCUCAGGAUACCGCAUUGGGCCAUUUGAAGUGGAGAGUGCCCUGAUGGAGCACCCAGCAGUGGCAGAAACAGCUGUUGUCAGCAGCCCAGAUCCUCUCAGGGGAGAGGUUGUGAAAGCAUUUGUGGUCCUGUCCCCAACCUUUUCAUCCAAUGACCUGGAAAGCUUAGCCCAUGACUUGCAGGAGCAUGUCAAGAAAACUACUGCUCCAUACAAAUACCCUAGAAAGGUGGAGUUUGUCCAAGAGCUGCCCAAGACAGUCACUGGGAAGAUAAAGAGGAAUGAACUGAGAAACAAAGAGUGGGGACGGAUGUAG